AUGAACCCCCAUGCAAAACUAAUUUGCACCUUGAGCCUAAUCAUAGGAUCUAGUAUUACCAUUUCUAGCAAUCAUUGAAUCCUGGCCUGAACAGGCCUAGAAAUUAACACCUUAGCUAUCAUCCCCCUCAUCUCCAAAUCUCACCACCCCCGAGCAAUCGAAGCUACAAUCAAAUACUUCCUCACCCAAUCAACUGCAUCGGCCCUAAUCUUAUUUUCAAGCUUAACUAAUGCCUGAUCUACCGGCCAAUGGGAUAUCACACAGCUCAAUCACCCCACAUCCUGCCUUCUACUAACAAUAGCAAUCGCAAUCAAACUAGGAUUAGUCCCGUUCCAUUUUUGAUUUCCUGAAGUUCUCCAAGGCUCCCCAAUAAUCACCGCCCUGCUACUCUCAACUCUAAUGAAACUCCCCCCCAUUACCCUUCUCCUCUUAUCAUCACAAUCCCUCAACCCUACCUUACUAACCACCCUAGCAAUCCUCUCAGCACUAGUAGGAGGUUGGAUGGGCUUAAACCAAACACAAACACGAAAGAUCCUAGCUUUUUCAUCCAUCUCUCACCUAGGCUGAAUAAUUAUCAUCAUUACCUAUAACCCACAUCUUACCCUCCUCACUUUUACUCUUUAUACAAUAAUAACAACAACCGUAUUCCUCUCACUAACCCAAAUCAAAGUCCUUAAACUAUCAACAAUACUUAUCUCAUGAACAAAAACACCAAUACUAAAUGCAACUGUAAUGUUAACCCUCUUAUCCCUAGCAGGCCUCCCACCACUUACAGGCUUUAUGCCAAAAUGACUUAUUAUUCAAGAACUCACUAAACAAGAAAUAACCCCCACAGCUACAAUUAUUACUCUACUAUCUCUCUUAAGCUUAUUCUUUUAUCUCCGCCUUGCAUACCACUCAACAAUCACACUCCCCCCAAACUCAUCGAAUCACAUAAAACUCUGACGUACCAACAAGACACUAAGUACCCCAACAGCCAUUUUAUCCGCCCUAUCAACCUUCCUCCUACCCCUAUCCCCCUUGAUACUCACUAUAUUUU